UAUUUACAAUUCAAUAAUUCUCCUUCCUCCCUCUAAUUUUCUAGAUCCAAACAUAUGCUUAAUCCAUGGCUCAUCUGCACUCCUUUCUCCCCUUCCUCCUCCUCCUCUCAAACUUUUCUCAUCCCUCCCAUGGCGACGUAGGCACUUCCUCUCAAUACAGUCCCCCUUUCUUACCGACGGCGUGUUAUGGCUUCGAUCCUGGACAGUUUCCGUCCAGCAAUCUGUUUGCGGCGGCCGGAAACGGGAUAUGGGACAAUGGAGCUGCUUGUGGGCGGCAGUAUUUGGUGAGAUGUAUAAGCGCGGCUGAGCAAGGGACUUGUUCGGGUGAGUUGAUUCAAGUGAGGAUCGUGGAUUUUGCGCUCACGGCGGUUUCUCAGCCGUCAAUCGACGGAACCACCAUGGUUUUGUCAGAUACCGCCUUCGGAACCAUCGCCAAUUCCAGCGCUACCUCUAUUAACAUCGAGUUCCAACAGAUAUGAAAAGAUAAAGUUUGAACGAUGGAGAAGACUCGUGCUCAAAAGUUGUUGUUGUUUUU